AUGGCCACACCGAACCGCGGAUCGAUACGAAGCCGCAACUAUGGCACGUCAAUCCCUCGAGCCGAUGCGACCGCUCGUUUGGCUACACCUGCUCACUCCCAAGCGUUCGGCACUCCGCCCCGGAACUACUCGCCCAGUCGGGCCAGUAUUGGGAAUUCGGAAAACGUGAUGCCGCUUGCAGGAGCAGGAGCAGGCAGCGCCGGUCCUGGUGUAUCGGCUUUAGCUGCUGCGUUAUCCAAUUCCGUCGGCACCUCACCGCCCAGGUUCGGGACGCCUCCGAUUCGCCCACUCUCGCCGGCUGGCUCAGGAUCGCAGUUGAACCUGGCCGCCGAGACAAGCAACUAUGGAUCCUUUGACGCGAGAUCAAGGAACCUACAAGGCAGGAGUGACAACGAUGCGCCAUACGAAGAUCCUGAAAUCGUGAAGCGCCAUCUGGUUCAACGAUCCGAAACACCAGAUCUGAAUGAGCAGUCGGGCAAAGGCAAGCAGACUGGGGACAAGACAGAUAGUGCUCUCGAUGAUGAUGACGAGUUCUCGAGCUUGCAACUACAGGGAGGUGAUAUUACACGCCCAAUCUAUAAAUGGACCGAGGACGCGCAGUCUCGGUAUAAAACCCAGCGGAGUAAAAGCUUCACCCAUUCCCGUCCUGAGCCUGAGCACGAAACGCUUGACAUCAACACCAUCAAGGUACCCGGCGGGUUCAGGCGCAACUAUAUCCGACGUUCGGCGCACAGCCCCUCUGCUCAUGCCUCAAGUGUCGAAGCUGGGGAGGCCAGCCGAAACAAGCCUCAGCUUUUCACCAACAGCUUUUUGGAGUUCUUGACCAUCUACGGGCACUUUGCGGGAGAGCAGCUAGAGGAAGACGACGAGGAUCUACUGCCUGGAGAGUAUUUCUCCUCUGGCGAGGACGAAUUUGAGUCUGAUGAAGGUAGCGACGACGACAGGGAACCCAUGGAGGAUAGCGCCUUACUGACACCAUCUCGCCGUAGGAGGAGGAGGAGAGUUCGAGGAGGCAGCGGAAACAACUCCCCAUUCAAUGCUGCACUCCUCCUUCUCAAAUCCUUCGUUGGCACUGGUGUACUUUUCCUCCCACGAGCAUACCUCAGUGGUGGUAUGGUCUUCAGUAACUUGAUCCUCGCCUUCAUCGCAGCGGUUAGCUACUACUGUUUCGUAUUACUCGUCACUACACGCCUGAAGGUGGUCGGCUCCUUCGGAGAUAUUGGUGGUAUAUUGUAUGGACGGUGGAUGAGAAACCUCAUUCUAACCUCGAUCGUCAUCAGCCAAAUCGGUUUCGUGGCUGCGUAUAUUGUUUUUACGUCGGAAAAUCUGCAGGCGUUCAUUCUUGCAGUCUCAAAAUGCAAUACCUACAUCCCGAUUACGUACCUGAUUCUGAUGCAAAUGGUAAUCUUCUUACCAUUCGCCCUCUUCCGGGAUAUUGGCAAACUCGGUUUCACCGCAUUGGUGGCCGACGCAUUCAUCGUCAUUGGGCUAGCAUAUCUCUUCUACUACGAUGUCCUCACUCUUAGCCAUAACGGUCUUGCAGAUAUCAUACUGUUCAACCAGAAGGAUUGGACAUUAUUCAUUGGCACAGCGAUUUUCACUUUCGAAGGUAUCGGCCUCAUUAUUCCGGUACAGGAAUCGAUGAAGUCACCCGCCAAGUUUCCCAAGGUCAUGUUCAUAGUCAUGAUUAUUAUCACAACAAUAUUCGUUACCAUGGGUGCGGUGUCAUACGCUGCCUACGGAUCAAAAACCGAAACGGUGGUCCUUCUAAACCUGCCCCAGGACAACAAGUUCGUUAACGCCGUUCAAUUCCUUUACUCAGUUGCGAUUCUACUGUCGACUCCGCUACAAAUAUUUCCAGCGAUCAAGAUCACCGAGAAUGCGUUGUUCACGAAGAGUGGCAAAUACAAUCCUUACAUCAAGUGGCAGAAAAACGUCUUUCGCUUCUUGGUCGUCUUCCUCUGCGCGUUCAUUGCCUGGGUGGGUGCCGAUAAUCUGGACAAAUUCGUUGCACUUGUUGGAAACUUCGCCUGUAUUCCUCUCGUGUUCAUCUACCCGGCAAUGCUUCACUACAAAGCAGUCGCGAAGAGCAAGCUUUGGAAGUACUCAGAUAUCGCUCUCUGCAUCUUUGGAUUCAUUGCCAUGGCUUACACUACUAUCUUGACCAUUAUGUCUUGGGGUACUUCUGGUCCAAGCCUACCCAAGUACUGUGAUGAAAGAGGUCCUUAGGCACGUAUUUGGUUCGGCACCCAUUCGACACACUUUCCCUUGUAUUGUAGCAUAGGUGCAUAUAGAUGCGGGACGUAUUGGGCAGAAUAGAACCCUGUUAUAAACGGGAAACAACAGUGUAUAUAAGAUACAAGAUAGAUUGUGUAAGACUAGUUGGCUCCAGCCCAAUCUAUUUAGGAUA